AUGUCUAGUGUCAGCGCCAGCAAAGCCAACGUGACCAAAGCCAUCACCGCAUGGGAAGCCAUUAAAGGUAAGAUCCCCGCAUCUCUAUUCCAACCAGUAGAUGCGCAGGCUAUAGGCUCAUUGCGAGGUCUUGAGGCAUAUCAAGGUACAGUACAGCGUUAUCUAACUCAGGGCGAAGCACAGGUAGUACUACAGGAUCUUGACCCCGACGAGUGUAAUUAUUCUCAGUUGGUGGAGGCCUUGAAGAGGCGCUACGAUCGUCCGUACAAGACGCGUGCGACUCUGCACAGGCAGCUCCAACAACUCCCCGUAGCUCGUAACAUCGGUCAGGACCUGCGUAAUACCUGGUUUCGUAUAUCCGGUAUCCUCCAUGGAUUGCGAAAAUACGAAGACUUCCGUACGGUGUUGCCGCUUCUUGACUUAGUCAAGAGCAAAUUCCCGUCGGAAAUCCAGCUUAUCCAUCUUGUCGUACAUGCAAAGGAGAUCACCACGAGCUUCUUUGUCGUCAGUCUACGCCAGUUCGCCGACAGUCAAGGAGAGAUCGUACCGACGACAAUUACCAUCGUCAUCGUUCACCACGUCGCCAUCGUCAUCGUUCACCACGUCGUUACUCCUCGCGUAGUCCGUCCAGACAACAUCGACAAGCACGCAGCUCGUCACGAAGUGGCAGGCCUCCAUCAUACCCUUGCGAGCAACACGAGUCGGCUGUACUCCUUCUCCUUCUCGACAAACGUCGUAGUUCUCCAAACCCGCUAUCUGCAACAGAAUCAGGCUCUCGAGUAUGAGGACGAAGCGGACUUAGUUUUACUUCAUACUGCGCCUUCCAACAAUAUUUUCGCUUCGCAGAAUACAUUCAUGUCGCUCAUGCUCGUGAAAGGUAAAGAGUAUAACAGUGCCUCCGUGCAGUCGAAGACGUCAUCCUCUUUCCCGACUCCGCAGCACAGAAGUUUCAUAGCAGCUGGCGUAGCGGACCGCUUAGUCAAAAGGGCUCAAACAAACACCUCGUGCCCUUAUCGCGUUUGGUGGUCAACCCACCACGAAAGUAUCUGGUAUCGAGCAACUUACACUGGUUGA